GAUUCAUGCUGUGGUUCAUCUGAUGGAGACAUAGCCCUACCUGAACCACCUCGCAAGAAAUCGACGCCCUACCAUUGGUCUACACUUCUGAUAGCUGCUACCAUAUAAAUAGGACACUCGUUUACAUACUUAUUUGCGCCAUAGCUGCCACAGGUUAGAAUCCAAAUACAACUUGAAUCUCGCAGCGAAGAGGCUGAAAGCGCAGGCUCAUUUUUGCCAAUAUGGACGCCCCUGCCAACGAAUCGACCCACCUCACCUGGGGUAAUGUUGGCCUCGGUUUCUCCUUUAUUCUCUUUGAUGCUUUCGUCUCCACGUCGUUUGGUUUGGGAGUCGGUAGUUCACUCGUAACUUCUGCGGUACGUUGUAUCGUGCAGCUUGGAAUCGUCGCAUUGCUCUUGCAGAGGGUAUUCGAAACCAAUAAUCCAUGGGCAGUUGGUGGUAUUGCUUGUUUACUGAAUCUCUUAGGGACAUUUGAGACAGUGGUGAACAAGUCGAAAAAACGGUUCAACCACAUGUUUCCCUCCGUGCUGUUGAGCAUGAUAGCUUCCACGAUACCGGUAUCGAUAAUUGGAAUAAAAUAUGCCAUGUCCAUAGAUCCGUUCUGGAAACCGGAGCAAUAUAUUCCCAUUGUGGGCAUGCUGUGUGGUGGCACAAUCUCUGGAAUUGUCGUAUCUAUCACUUAUGUCCUCAAGGAGUUACACGAUAAUCGCGACAAAGUAGAAACUUAUCUCGCAUUCGGAGCUUCCAGGUUCGAAGCUUGCAAGCCUAUAGCACGCGACGCAUUGAGGUUGGCUUUGACUCCUACCAUCAACCAAAUGAGUGUCAUUGGAAUCAUCGCCAUCCCCGGAAUGAUGACUGGUGCUAUCCUUGGAGGUUCCUCGGUCAGUCAAGCCGCGAAGCUGCAAAUGGUGAUCAUGUUCAUGAUCUCUGCGUCCACCGCACUCGCAUCGAUUAUUUCGACCGUGCUGACGCUUGGUAUGGUCGUGGAUAGCGACCAUAGGAUACGCAGCGACAGGAUCGAUGUACGGGAACACGCUUUGUGGAGAGGUAGGAAUUGGGUUCUUGGGAAGAUUGCCAGCGGGUUCUGGGUCAUGGUGGGACCAGUAACUAGACCAUUCAAGAAAAAGUCCACCCUUGAAAACGGCGAGGAAGGGCAGAGACUCCUGGGAUAAAUGGAGAGUCAAUAAUAUAGAUAUAUAACUUGAAUUCUGAUAAACAUUGAUUACUGAAUUACUGAGCUUUGCAAUCGAUUGUUCUUUGUCGUGGAC